AUGAACGCGCGAUCGCGGCAUUACUGCGUCGUCCUCGUCGCGGGGUCGAUGCGGAAGCACGAUAAAGAUUGGGCGGGGUUGGUGCUGGCGACGUCGAGGCGUGCGGUGACCGUGAAACCGCUGGAGGUGCUGCGCGACGACGACGACGAGAAGGGCGACGACGAGACGAAGACGGCGGAGGUUCGAUUGCGCAUCGCGCGCGCGUAUCCGAUGAAACGAGUCGAUGGAUCGGCGAUCAUGGAGCGAUUGACGUUCGCGCCCGACGGCGUGGGCGCCGUGGCGAGAAGAAACGAGCGCGCGGACGCGCCGCCGAUGCUGACGCGAAAGUAUCGCGUCGACGUGACGAGCGCGGAGCGCGCGAUGGUGGGCGCGGAGAGCCCGGAACGCGCGCGCGGCGUCGUCGACGACGCGAUCGAGGACGACGGCGACGACGGUGAUGGGGUUUCGGAGAGCGUGUAUUCGCUGUUCGAGGUCCAUCGCGGGGAAUCUUCGAUCGACGAGUCGCCGCCCGAGGACGUCGGCGAGAUCGAAGGCGGCGAGAUCGAAGGCGAGUCUCUCGACGCCUUCGAGCCGGCGCCGCACGCCGACGAAAGCGGGGACUCCAUCUCGCCCGAGCGACUCGGUAUUAUUAGACGCGGGUCGCGAUCCGCGGACGGGGAAGCGUCCGAAUCGCAAGCCGAAUGCGUCGCCGCGGCUUUCGUCGCGACGCGGGACGACGAGAUCGAAUGGAAAGGAUCGAUCUCGUUCCUUCGCGAGCAGCUCGCCGCGCAGGUCGGCGUGAAGCUCGUGCUCGACCGCGUCGACGUCGAGCGCUUGCUCGAAGAACUGACGUCGAGCGCGCCCGUUUAG